CGCGCAGCGCAGCGCAGCUCCUUCUUGUGGCGUUCGCUGUGGUGCUCAGCAGCUGACGUUCGAGUGCCGCUUCGAGCCGUGCCGCUCGCGAGGAUGCUGGGUACCGAGCCGGCGUGGAGGAGCUGUGGCCGCGGGCUGUGGAGGUUUUUGCGUCGUGCUGCCGGCGGCAGCCCCCGCGCUCUGAGCGCCGCCUCGUCCUCAGCUCCUCCGGCAGGUAUCAGUAAUGUAAAGCCACUGGAUGGUGUGAAAAUUCUUGAUUUAACAAGAGUGCUUGCAGGGCCCUUUGCCACAAUGAAUUUAGGAGAUCUAGGGGCUGAAGUUAUUAAAGUGGAAAGACCAGGAACUGGUGAUGAUACAAGAAGCUGGGGCCCACCUUUUGUUGGAACAGAAAGUGUUUAUUUUCUCAGUGUCAAUAGAAAUAAAAAGAGUAUAGCUAUCAAUAUGAAGAAUUCAAGAGGAGCAAAGUUGAUCAGGGAGCUCGCAGCUGUAUCUGAUGUUUUCGUGGAGAACUACGUCCCUGGGAAGCUGGCUGAAAUUGGCCUAGGUUAUGAAGACAUUGAAAAGAUUGCUCCUCACAUAGUAUACUGUUCAAUAACAGGUUAUGGACAGACUGGUCCAAUGGUUCAGAGAAGUGGAUAUGAUGCCAUUGCAGCUGCCAUUUCUGGUCUCACACAUAUCACAGGGCACGAGGGUGGUGAACCAGUUAGAGUAGGAGUAGCCAUGACAGAUCUUGCUACUGGCUUGUAUACAUGUGGAGCAAUUAUGGCUGGCUUGCUUCAGAAGCAUAAGACGGGGAAAGGAAUGCACAUUGACUGCAAUCUCUUGUCAUCUCAGGUUGCAUGUCUUACUUAUGUAGCAGCUAAUUACCUUAACUGCAAAAUUGAUGCUAAACGCUGGGGCACAGCUCAUGGCAGUAUUGUUCCAUACCAGGCUUUUAAGACCAAGGAUGGUUACAUCGUGUUGGCAGCUGGAAAUGAUCAGCAAUUUGUCACUGUGUGCCAGAUCCUGAAUCUGCCUGAAGUCAUUAAGGAUUCCAAAUACAAAACUAAUGAGCUGAGAGUCCAGAACAGAAAAGAACUUAUUGACAUACUGUCAACUCGGUUAUCAGAAAAAACAACAGUCGAGUGGUUGCAGCUCUUUGAAGGUAGUGGAGUUCCAUACGGUCCAAUCAACAAUAUACAGCAGGUAUUCUCGGAGCCUCAGGUGCUGCACAAUGGACUUGUGAUGGAAAUGGAUCACCCAACAGCUGGGAGGAUAGCUGUUCCAGGGCAAGCUGUAAGAUAUAGUGAAUUUGUUGUGUCACAUCCCAAACCAUCUCCACUUCUUGGACAGCAUACAGUGGAGAUACUGAAGGGCAUGCUUAGGUAUGAAGAUGAUGCCAUAGAAGAACUGCUCCGCGCUGGUGUUGUGGCUCAGCAUGAGGUCAGAUAAGGAACAUUAGCUACAUUCCUUCACACUGAGCUCACAUAGCUUUGUCCUCUCUUUGCUCCCUUCAGCUCCCCUAAUGGGACUCAAAGAAAAGACAUAAUUUAAUUCUUAAUUUACUUCCAUGUGUGUUUGUGUGAUUUUAACACUGAUGUAUCAAAUAAACAAUUUCAUACUGUC